GGAGCAACGGGAAGCGAAACCAAUCGCGGGCUUGCUUCGCUCAGUGGCUGGGUUUGAAAUUCUGUCCGGUCCAACGGCUAGCUGAGCGGCUGUCGGAGGUGGCAGUCGGCGUUUGUGGUGGUGGUUGCAUUCGGCUGUGUGGAGUAGGUCCGGUCUCGACGCCCGGUUGCUUGGACGUCCGCCAUGAGGAGAAGUGAGGUACUGGCAGAGGAGUCUAUAGUAUGUCUCCAGAAAGCCCUAAAUCACCUUCGAGAAAUAUGGGAAUUAAUUGGGAUUCCAGAGGACCAGCGAUUACAAAGAACUGAGGUUGUAAAAAAGCAUAUCAAGGAACUCCUGGACAUGAUGAUUGCCGAGGAGGAAAGCCUGAAGGAAAGGCUCAUCAAAAGCAUAUCUUUCUGUCAGAAAGAGCUGAACACUCUGUGCAGCGAGUUACACAUAGAGCCAUUUCAGGAAGAAGGAAAGACAACCAUCUUGCAGCUAGAAAAAGAUUUGCGCACCCAGGUGGAAUUUAUGCGAAAACAGAAAUGGGAGAGAAAACAGGAACUAAAACUACUUCGAGAACAAGAUCAAGAACUGUGUGAAAUUCUUUGCAUGCCUCCUUAUAAUAGUGACAGUGCCUCUGUCCCCAGCUUAGAAGAGCUGAAUCAGUUCAGACAACAUGUGGCAACACUGAGGGAAACAAAGGCAUCUCGGCACCAGGAGUUUGUCAGUAUAAAGCAACAGAUCAUACUGUGUAUGGAAGAAUUAGAUCACACACCAGACACAAGCUUUGAAAGAGAUGUGGUGUGUGAAGAUGAAGAUGCCUUCUGUUUAUCUUUGGAGAAUAUUGCAACACUACAAAAGUUGCUUCGGCAGCUGGAAACGCAAAAGUCACAAAAUGAGGCAGUGUGUGAAGGACUCCGUGCUAAAAUCCGAGAGCUCUGGGACAGGUUGCAGAUACCUGAAGAAGAGAGAGAAGCUGUGGCCAUGGUUAUGACUGGGUCAAAGGCCAAGGUCAGAAAAGCGCUGCAAUUAGAGGUGGAUCGGUUGGAAGAACUGAAAAUGCAAAACAUGAAGAAAGUGAUUGAGGCAAUACGGGUGGAGCUGGCUGAGUACUGGGACCGGUGUUUUUACAGCCAGGAGCAGAGACAGGAUUUUGCCCCUUACUACACUGAGGACUUCACAGAAGAUCUGCUCCAGAUCCAUGAUGCUGAGGUUGUGAAGUUAAAAGAUUAUUAUGAGACUCAUAAGGAGCUCUUUGAAGGUGUUCAGAAGUGGGAAGAAAGCUGGAAGCUUUUCUUAGAGUUUGAGAGAAAAGCUUCAGAUCCAAGUCGAUUUACAAACCGGGGAGGAAAUCUUCUAAAAGAAGAAAAGCAACGAGCAAAACUCCAGAAAACACUACCUAAGCUGGAAGAGGAGUUGAAGGCACAAAUUGAAAUGUGGGAACAGGAACACUCAAAGGCAUUUGUGGUGAAUGGGCAAAAAUUCAUGGAGUAUGUGACGGAGCAAUGGGAGAUGCAUCGAUUAGAGAAAGAGAGAGCCAAGCAGGAAAGACAACUCAAGAACAAGAAGCAGACAGAGACAGAGAUGCUCUAUGGGAGUGCCCCCCGAACACCCAGCAAGCGGCGAGGACUGACACCCAGCACGCCAGGCAAAGUGCGCAAGCUGAAUACUACCACCAUCUCCAAUGCUACAGCCAAUAGCAGCAUUCGGCCUGUCUUUGGGGGGACAAUCUGCCGCUCCCCUGUGUCUCGACUUCCUCCUUCUGGCAGCAAGCCAAUCACCACUUCCACCUGUUCAGGGAAGAAAACACCCCGUGCCGGGAGGCAUGGGGCUGACAAGGAGAACCUGGAGCUCAAUGGCAGUAUCCUGAGUGGUGGGUACCCUGACUCGACCCCCCUCCAGCGCAACUUCAGCAUUAAUUCUGUUGCCAGCACCUAUUCUGAGUUUGCGAAGGAACCAUCCCUCUCUGACAGUGCUACUUUUGAACUUCAGCGAGAACUUUCAAAGGCUUCCAAAUCUGACGCUGCUUCUCGAGUCCUCAAUUCAACCAACAUCCAGUCCUGAGAAGUCCUGAAGUCAACUAGCUGUGGCUUCCGUUUUCCAGACUGCACCUCAUUAUGUAGGAGGGUGGCUUUAGUUUUUCAGCAGUUUAGGUUUGCUUGAAACCCUGGACAGCUUCCAUGACCAUGGGCCUAAUUUGAAGAUGCAGACGAGUGGUACAGAUGAAAGUCCAUCAUAGAUUUAGUGGGUCCUGGGAGACUUAGUUUUAUUUUGACUCAUGUUAAAACUUAGUACAAAUGUUAGCAUAUGGGACCUGAUUUCUUCCUCUACCCCUUAAUUCUACUUGCUGAAACAUAAUCGGGAUUUUUUUUUAUUUCACCAUUGUGUAGGAAAAUGGUUAACUGUGCUCAUCCUUGGGGUAUAGGACUUGAAGUAAUUUGGGCUUAUCAUUAGCGAUUAUCUCCUUUUUUGUUUAGGGAUGUUCAAGUAAUGCUUAGCUGUGAUAGUUUUGCUCUCAUCUGAAGGCCUGUCCACACCACACAGGACAGUCUUCCUCUUGAUGAGAACGUCUGUGUGUCAGAAGUUAAGACAGCCUGACCUGCCAAAGAGGUGACAGGGAGGAUGGGAGCUCCUUUGUUAAAUUGUAUACAGUUCUGAUAGAUAGUGCAAUGCCCUUUGUUGGGUGUUUGUAUGUACAGACACAUAUUUGUCUCUUCAGAGUUUGUCCCUAGGGCCAGCCCUCCCAAUCCACCCCCACCACCAUGCCCACUCUGCCUGAGUUCUACCCCUGCAGCUGCCAGCCAAGUCAGGAGGCUGUUUGGAUGGGCUGGGACAUUUUUCUUGUGGGGACCUGGGACUUUGCACCUCACUACCGGGAUGUUGUUCCUGCUGCUUCUUUACCUGUCAAUCACUACUGCUCUUCCCAAAGCACUAUUAUUUAUUCUUAUUGUCUGCCUGCGCGGAUACUGCUGUCCGUAUACUAAAUAGUUCUCAAAAGCUUACUAGUGUGCACUUGGUCUGUGUCAGCCAUGCUGUUUAUCCUGUUUUUAAAAUAUAAAUUUAUUUUUAAAAAUAAAUUAAAAUGUGUAUACUUACAUUUC